AUGGCGAAUUCAACGCAGGAAUCAAAGAAGCCCUACUUUGGCUUGGUGGGAGGAUGGCUGGUGGUCUGGAUUACAAUAGCAUGUGCGACGGACAUGACCCUGUUCGGUUACGACCAAGGAGUCUUCAGUGGUGUCGUUGUCACGGAGGACUUUCUCCAAGUCCACGAUCUCGAAGGAAAUGGAAAAACACAGGUCCUCUCCACGGUGACUGCCAUCUACGAUGUCGGCUGUUUCUUCGGGGCCAUCAUGGCCUUUACCUUUGGUGAGCGAUUCGGUCGAAAACACUCCAUCAUCGCUGGCACGGCCAUCAUGGCCAUCGGCUGUGUGCUUCAAGCAACAUCGUUUAGCCUGGCACAGAUGUUUGUUGGCCGCAUUGUACUGGGUCUGGGGAAUGGCAUCAACACCGCGACUGCGCCGAUCUGGCAGACCGAGACUGCACCGCCGCAGUGGAGAGGAAAGCUGGUGAUUCUCGAGAUGGUGAUGAACAUUGCUGGUUUCACUCUCGUUAACUGGAUCAACUUUGGUUUCUCGUUUGUCGGAGGUGCCGUGGCCUGGCGGUUUCCCAUUGCCUUUCAGUUUAUCUUCAUCAUCAUCCUUUUUGGCACUGUCCCUUGGCUGCCCGAGUCUCCCAGAUGGCUGCUCUCUCACGGCCACGAUGUUGAAGCCAUCCAAGUGCUCGCAGCCCUCGAGAACAAGCCCGUGAACGACCCCUUCAUCUCGACCCUCCGAAAUGAAAUCGAAUACAGUAUUCAUUAUGAACGAGAGAAUGAGGUCUCAUGGACCGACCUCAUCAACCCUUGGAAGACGAGCACGAGCGACACCAAGACGUUCCGGCGAUUGCUGCUUGGUGCUGGCACACAAUUCAUGCAGCAGUUUGAGGGCAUCAACAUCAUGUCAUAUUACCUUCCGACCGUGUUGAUGGACUCGGUUGGUCUUUCGAACAGAAUGGCUCGACUGCUGACUGCCGUGAAUGCCAUUUCCUAUCUGAUCUUCUCCUCUGUUGCGGUUCUUCUGAUCGAACGUCUUGGUCGGCGAGGUCUGAUGCUGCUCUCAACUUUUGGGCAGUUCGUUUCCUUCCUCAUUAUUACAAUCAUGUUACGAUAUGCCGAGAACCAUGGCACGGGAGAAAAGUUCGCUUCAGCAUCGGUCGCAUUCUUCUUCACCUUUUAUAUCUCGUUCGGACUGGGAAUGUUGGGAGUGCCUUGGCUGUACUCGACGGAGAUCAGUUCCCUUCCCAUGAGGACCAAGGGAGCAUCAGUCGCAACAGCAACAAACUGGAUCACCAAUUUCAUCAUUGUGGAAAUCACCCCGAUCGGCAUUCAAUCCAUCGGCUGGAAAUUCUGGAUUGUCUGGACGGUUUUCAACGCCGUAUUCCUGCCCAUAAUCUACUGCUUCUACCCUGAAACAUCAAACCGCUCUCUCGAAGACCUCGACGCUUAUUACCGUUCCAACCCAUCAUUACUGGUGAUCAAAGACCCCGACGCCAUCUGCAGCCAUCGUCCUCUCAAAUAUAUCCAGCACGAGCAGGAAGAAGUACAAAAGAAUGCCAAGUUGGGCACUACAAAUCUAUCCAAGACACAAUCUCAUAUGGCAGAGCAUAUCGAGUAA